GUCAAGAUUUCAUUUUUAACAACGUUUAGAGAAUAACGUCACUGUCAGUAUGGUUUAUUUGCGAUCGCGUGUUGUUUCUCGGUAUCGUCGGAUGACAAAAACGCAGUUAAAAUGGCAGGCUGUGUUCUUUAUUUUCUGUGUUUACGGGAUGGACUUCGGCUUUUGUCAAGCGCGAUAUUCCAUACCGGAGGAGACUCCAGAGGGAUCAUUUGUAGGCAACAUCGCCAACGAUUUGGGAAUAGAGAUCAGCAGACUUAUUUCUGGAAAAGCUCGGGUUGUAACAAAGGGCGGCCGGCAAUAUGUCGAACUGAGCAGAGACAAAGGCACCCUCGUAGUGAAGGAGAGGAUAGACCGAGAGGAGCUCUGCAAGCAAACAACGCCCUGCAGCUUCACCUUUGAUCUGAUCAUGGAAAACCCCAUCGAACUGCAUCGUGUCACUGUGGAGGUUCAAGAUAUCAAUGACAAUGCGCCAAAAUUUCCUAAAGGUACCGUCAAUUUACAAAUUAGUGAGAACACAGCAUCUGGGAAACGCUUUCAUUUAGACAACGCGGUCGAUUUGGAUGUCGGUGUAAAUAGUAUUGAAAGCUAUUCUCUUAGUCAGACCAACCGAUUCAAGCUUGAAAUGCAAAAUCAGGCCGAUGGGCAAAAAUAUGUCGAAAUGAUUUUAAACCAUGAGCUCGACCGAGAAGAACGUGCUGAGCUAAAAUUAGUUCUGACUGCAUAUGACGGAGGAUCACCAAGAAAGUCAGGCACAAUGCAAAUUCAAAUUUCUGUAUUAGAUGUGAAUGAUAAUGCCCCGGUGUGCAAACAAUCAGUUUAUAAAGCGGAAGUGAAGGAAAAUUCUCCAGCUGGGACCGUCGUGACUGCAGUAAGCGCCACUGAUGCUGACGAAGGAAUAAACGGUCUAGUCUCGUAUUCUAUUGCACAGGCCAGUGUAGAAGCCAGAAAUAUUUUUGAGAUAAACACAGAAACAGGAGAGAUUACAAUCACACAAGGCUUAGACUAUGAGAAUGAAAAGAAUUAUCAAAUAAAUAUCAAGGCAAUGGACAAAGGGGGGCUGGAAGAUACGUGUAAAAUUACUAUUGAAGUUCUUGAUGAAAAUGAUAAUUCCCCCUCCAUACAGCUAAUGUCAUUUUCAAACUUUAUUGCAGAAAAUUCUCCAACCGGAACAACUGUGGCUGUUCUUAAUGUAGAAGACGCAGAUUCCGGUAAAAAUGGGCUCGUGCAGUGUAAAAUAAACAAAAACUUGCCGUUUAAAAUAGAAUCCUCGCUUUCUGAUUACUAUGCAUUAAUUACUGAUGAAACGCUUGAUCGAGAAAAUAUUGCUGAAUACAACAUAACCAUAGUGGUGUCUGAUCAGGGAAGUCCUGCUCGACACAAUAACAAAACGAUCAAUGUGAAGAUUUCCGAUGUGAAUGAUAACCCACCCGUAUUCAGUUCUGAUGAGUAUAAAACAUUUGUUUUUGAAAACAACUCUCCGGGUGUGGCUGUGCUGACAGUCAAAGCGAGCGAUGCUGACUGGGGUCCAAACGCGCGACUCUCUUAUUUUUUGGAGGAGAAUAAUAUCCAGGGCAACCCAGGGAGUUCUUUAGUCUCAGUGAACUCAGACAGCGGGGUUGUACAUGCGAUCAAAGCCUUUGAUUUUGAGCAAAUGAAAACGUUCAGCUUUAAUGUGACAGCCCGAGAUGGAGGGUCGCCCCCUUUAAGUUCUGAAGUUACAGUGAAGAUCAUCGUUCAAGAUCAGAAUGACAACGCUCCUCAGGUUCUCUACCCAGUACAGACUGGAGGCUCUGUGGUGGCUGAGAUCGUGCCUCGUUCAGCAGAUGUCGGCUAUCUGGUCGCUAAAGUGGUAGCUGUUGAUGUGGACUCUGGACAGAACGCCUGGCUCUCUUACAAACUCCAGAAAGCCACAGACAGGGCGCUGUUUGAAGUGGGAGCGCAGAACGGAGAGAUACGGACUGUGCGCCAGGUCACUGAUAAAGAUGCAGUGAAACAAAAGCUGACUGUAGUUGUGGAGGAUAACGGACAGCCAUCUCGCUCAGCUGUAGUCAACAUCAAUAUAGCUGUAGCGGACUCUUUCCCUGAAGUGCUCUCAGAAUUCACCGACUUUACGCACGCCAAAGAAUAUAACGAUGACCUCACCUUUUAUUUAGUUUUAGCAUUAGCUGCUGUCUCUUUCCUUUUCAUCACAACUGUAGUAGUUAUAAUAUCAGUAAAGAUCUACAGGUGGAGACAAUCGCGCAUCUUCUAUCAGUCCAAUCUCCCAGUUAUUCCGUACUAUCCACCCGGUUACGCAGACACAGGAGUUACUGGAACUCUGCCGCACGGGUAUCAUUAUGAUGCUUGUAUGACGACUGACUCGAGGAAGAGUGACUGUAAAUAUUCUACACUUGGAGGACAAAGUGUUUUAGUGAUGGACCCGAGUUUUACAGAGACUAUGCAGCACGCGAUGAGAGCAAAAGAAUUCCAGCAAGACCCAGAGUCACCGGAAGUGGUAAGGAAAUAA